UUACUACUAGUAAGGCACUUGUUACUAGUAGCUUCUUGUUACUACUAGUAAGGCACUUGUUACUAGUAGCUUCUUGUUACUACUAGUAAGGCACUUGUUGCUAGUAGCUUCUUGUUACUAUUUACGGUACAUUCAUGCCUCUCAAGAUCUUCGAGGUGCAUUUCGACUGCUCAAGUUCACACAAACUGCCUCUCCCGAGCGGGUGCUUGCCUCGACGGCGCUCUGGUUGUGGCCGUGAGCCUUUUGCACUUGGUGCUCACGUGGCAGGCGCAAGGCAACCCUCGCGUUUUCUGGUUUGAAGCCGACUUUUUGUGGCAGCUUCGAUGUGCAGAUUUCGUGGCAGGCGCAGCCCACGCUGUGAUUUUGCAGCGUGGAGAAAAAGAUAUCUAGAACUCAGACCAUGAAACGAUUUGUCCCUGCUUGGUUAUCUUCAAAGAUGUGCACACAUAUUGAUUCUUAUUGUAAGAUGUGUGCUCUUAUAUGUGUGCCCUGAUUUGCGUACUCUCAUAUGUGUAUUAUCAUAUGUGUGUUCUCACCUGUCUGUGUGUUACAUGUGCGCCCUUUUAUGCGUUCUCGUAUGUGUGCUCUCAUGUGUUUGUUCACAUGUGUCUUCUCGUAUGCGUCCCGUGGAGUGCGGACAUUCGCUUAUUUGCCCUUCUUUCGCACUAUACCCCACACUGUUCGGGGUCUCUUGCCGGGAUAUUUUUUCAACCCAUCACGAAACAACGCAGGUGCCUGUGAACUCUAAACUGCUACUUUUCCAUUCGUUUUUGGUCAAUCAGAGUUGGCAAAUUUGUACUUGUAACAAAGGGGCCGAUUAGAGCCUGUGAAUUUGCAAAUUGAGUAACUGUUGCCAAUAUGUUUCAACAAACGCAGAUGUUACGGGCUGCUUCUUGACCAGAUUGUCAAGAGACGGUUUUUAAUCACAAUUCAUUGACACAUAUAGUGAUACGCUGGGUGUUCAGAUUCAAGCGUGUGAAUUUUGCAGGGUUCCGCAGUGAGUUUAAGCACAGACGUGUUCAAGAGGCUGAGUAUUGUGGACAGGUUCGUGUUGUUCUGCUUGGGGUUCACGUAGCGUUGCCAAACAAACGCUAGGUUUCGUCAGACUCGCAAUGUCACUGGCGAAAAGGACUUGCCGGCGUACCACCGGGAGCAAAGGCUAAAGACUUGCCAGUGUUGUGUUUCGGCAGUCGAGACACAUCCAAAUCGAAGUAGGGAUGCACAGAGCCCAAACGACACCACUUCAUUAGCGAAGAUGCCCAGGCAUUCAAGAGCCUUUGCCUUCUAUGGGCCUGUGCAGAAACAUAUUGAGGAUAAACUCCAUUCAGAAUUGAGGCCACAACACCUUGAGGUGAAGAAUGAGUCGCAUGGCCGCAAAUCUGACGAGUCUCACUUCCACGUCCUGGUAGUUUCUGAGGCCUUUGAGGGUUUGAAGCCUUUGGAAAGACAUCGUUUGGUGAAUGGCCUCUUCACAGGGCAGGAUGGCUCCUUAAAGUUCCACUCCUUGCGGAUCACGGCCAAAACACCAGCUGUCUGGGAGGAGGACAAAUCCGUUGCAAAGCGACCACAAUGUACAGGUCGUGGAGAUGGUAGAGUUGCAACCGACCUAGAGGCGCUUUGAUGGAGAAAAAGUCUUUGAUUAUGGUCUUGCUAUUGGGUAAUCA